CGUUGCAGCAAUCUUCAGCAACGAGGAGAUGAUAAACACAUUGGCGAAUGCGUGUGAAAAUCCUGCUCCUACCCCUGCCCAAUACCCUGCACGUUCUAAUGAAGAAGUUCGUUCUAUUUUUAACCGUGGCAGGCCUACAACAGGACAGGCGGCUGCCUAUCAGGCCAAACUGAGCACACGCUCCACCUCACAGGAGUGUCCCACAACAGCCCCUGUGUACAAUCUCCGCCCGUACACAAGAAAGGGCCCAAGACACAAGAGGUUUCAGGGACAAGGCAGUUCAUGUUCUGUGGCUCAGUCCUUUUUCAAAGAGGUGAUUCUCCUGCCCGACCACAAAGCUACACAUGUGCCAAGGCGUGCCAAAAAAGCAUGGCUUUUUGAUAAUGGCCACAUCAAGUCUGCCUUGGAAUUCAGCUGUGACUGGGAUUCUGACACAGUAAUGCAGGCAAUAAAAACAGCCUUCCAGCCAGUUGUGGAGGGAUGCAGGUUAGAAAUCCUGCUACCAUGCUACAACAAACUAGUUGAGCCAUCCCUUACCCCCACACAGAGUUUGAAUGGAGACCUUGUGAAAAAACUGUUUCAUCAGAAGUCCAUUUAUGUCAGGCCUGACAAGAUCAUUUUAAGUGAGGAAAAAGAAUCUUCAUUUUCUGAUGGAGAAAGCAGCUUUACAAAUGACCCUGGUUUGGCAGAAAUAUCUGACACUGUUACAGCCAUUGGUAGUGCGCCUGAUGUUUCCAAAGAAGUUAUCCCAGACAUCGCCACUUCUGAGGCCCAUUCCCACUCCAGUCAUACCCCUUCCAUGUACAGUGGUGACGAAGUUAUAUGGUGUUUUGCUACCCAAGUUAUUUGCACUGAUGCACCUUCUAUCCCAGCUGACACCCUCACCGUGUCUACUAGUGCUGGUGUCAUCACUACUGAUGAAACUCUCACCAUGUCCAGUGGAACUCCUGACAUCUCCACUGGCAACACUCAUGGGUUGCCGGUUGUCCCCACUGUCAAUGCAAGCGGUAAAAGGCAUUGCAUCUUUGCGAAUAGGACCUCCGGUGUGUCCCAUGGUCCCACUCAACCCAGUGCAUCGGGCAGUAGUUCAUCCAGCACAUCGUACAGCACAUACCUUGACCUAUUUGAGGAAGAAUACCUCUUUGAUGACCCUGAUCUCCAGGAAGCUAUUUCCAGGUCUUUAGAUUCCAGUGCGAGUGAGAGUGAUUUAAAGAUGACUUUAGAGAGAAUAAUGGAGCAGAUUUCAUCUAGAGUAAAUAAUGACAGCACUGUGCGCUUCAAUAUCAUAAGAAGAAGUGUGUGGGAUGGAGCAUCCAGAGCCCUGGGCAGAUCCAAUUUUUCACCCGAGAAGAAGGUAGAUGUCAAGUUUACUGAUGACUAUGGCAUAUCUGAGGGUGCCGUGGACAAUGGAGGACCUACUCGGGAGUUUUUCCGACUCUGUCUUCAUGAAAUCAAGGACAAAAUUGGCAUCUUUUAAGGCCCACCUGAUGCUAAAGUCCUCACAUGCAACUCCAAAGCGAUGAAAGAUAAUGGAUACUUCAAUGCUGGCCAGAUUAUGGCAAUGUCAAUUGCUCAUGGGGGACAGAGUCCAUGUUUCCUGUCUGAACUCUUGUAUGAGUGUCUUCAAAAAGGUCCGGACAAUGUAAAGGUCAAAACUGAACAUAUUACUGAUGAAGAAACAAGGUCACAGGUGCAGUCGAUCUUACAAGCUGAGACUGAAUCACAACUGCAAGAUGCAGUUGCACAGGCAUCCAGCUUGAUCAGUCUUGCAGGUCACAAUGUUCGCAUAACACUGCAAAACAAACAAGAGACUGCUUUGGACUUGACUCACUGGUAUGUCCUCCAGCGGACCCGUGCACCUUUUGAAAGGUUCAGAGAUGGCUUAAUGUCUCUAGGUGUCCUAGAUGCUCUCCAGAGAUACCCUCUACAGAUGAAGUGCCUUUUUUUGAAGCCUGAAAAGAGUUUAACAGCCGCUGAUGUAGAGAAUCUCUUCCGGAUCAUUCACUCUGAAAGAGGGAGUAAUGCAUUCCAGGAAGAGUGCCGUACCCUGGCUUUCUGGCAAGACUACCUUCAGGAUGCUGAAUGCAAGUGAAAAUGAUGUCUCUAUGGAGGAUAUUCUUGUUUUCCUCACUGGAUGUGACAGUGUCCCAGCACUGGGCUUCUCCCCAAAGCCAAGCCUUGAGUUCCUCACCCAUUCCCGAUUUCCACAAGCGAAUACUUGUGAAAAUAUUCUUCGCAUUCCAGUUCAUGCAGAAUACGCUGCUUUCAAAUCUGAUAUGACUUUUGCCAUACGCAAUUCACCGGGGUUUGGAAGAGCGUGAGAGGUAAUAUUAUGGAGGGCUUUUAGAGCUUGAGUUAUGAUGAGGAUGUUUGUUUGUUUGUUUUUCAAAAAUAAUUGCUGUUAUUUCAUUUUGUUUUUCCUAGAGACAGUAUUGAAUAUAGGCAUGAAGAAAUAUAAGUAGAAAUGUUGUUACUUUCGAAGAUAUUUCAAGCCAUGGUUUUUGUUUCAGAUUUAAUAAUGCGCACUUGGUGAACUUUUAAGUUCACAACUGUACAAUGUAUGUCAUUUAUCUCCACCCUUUGAUAUGACCCACAGCAAUUGAGUGAUUAGCACAGAUUAUUUCCUCUAAAGGUUAU